AGCGGCAUAUGGCACCGUCGUCAGGGCGACGCCAAAGGUCGGCUCUCAUUGGCCGGACGCGCUCUUGCGUUAUUCCGCGCUUUUAUCGGGCGCUGCUGGAACACAGUCGAAUCAACGAGAAAGACGGAGCUUAUUUCCGAACCAUCCGAAUAAUAUCUCUCUCUAUGAGCGAGCACGAUUUUUUUUCCAUGCGAUGAUCAAGCGUUAAUCGGCUCGAAACAGUAGUAUCGAUUCGGCGCGUUAAUUAUUAGGCAAGUCACUCCAGUCGUUUAAUUUUUCUGCGUUUUUCGCGAAAUGUCGAGGCUUCUGGCUGGAAAAUUGGCACUUGUCACCGGUGCUGGAAGCGGCAUCGGAAGAGAGGUAUGUCGAAUUUUGGCUCGUGAAGGCGCAAAAGUCGUCGCAGCUGAUCAGAAUGUCAAAACUGCUCAGGAAACUGUUGCCACUUUGGAAGGUCGUGAACAUAUCGCAUUGAAUAUUCAAGUUAAUGACCGAAGCAGUGUGGAAACAGCAUUUAAAGAUAUUGUAAAACAAUAUUCAAAGCCACCCACCAUUGUUGUUAAUUCAGCAGGCAUCACGCGAGAUAACUUUUUGGUGAAACUCAGUGACAAGGACUUUGAUGAUGUCAUCGAUGUUAAUUUAAAGGGUACUUAUCUAAUUAUGCAAGUCGCUGUCAAAGCAAUGAUAGAAGGAAAUGCGACCAAAGAUUCUUCAAUUAUCAAUAUGAGUUCAAUCAUUGCUACACGUGGGAACAUUGGACAAAGUAACUAUAGUGCAUCAAAAGCUGGAGUGAUAGCUAUGACAAAGAGCGCUUCGAUGGAGUUUGGACAGUUUGGAAUCAGAGUAAAUGCAGUACUGCCUGGUUUUAUAGACACUCCUAUGACUGCAAUUGUACCUGAUAAAGUUAAGGAAAUGUUCAUAAAAAGAAUACCAUUACAAAAAUUGGGAAAGCCACAAGAAGUAGCAGAGGUCAUCGUGUUUUUAGCUUCUGAUAGAAGUUCUUACGUAAAUGGAGCCUCUAUUGAAGUUACUGGAGGACUGGCGUAACAAUAACUUUCACUAUUUAUAUAUAUAUAUGGUGGGUGGCUUUGAAUAUUGUUUUACAACAUCUUUAAAUGCUGUUUCCACACUGCUUCGGUCAUUAACUUGAAUAUUCAAUGCAAUAUGUCACCUUACAUAUACAUAUGCUAUAAAGCUCAAUUUUUAUAAGCCAUUUAAUUCGCGACAAACAAAAAUGAAGACAGAAUUUUAUUUAUAAUUUUAUAUCCCGUAUAUCCUAAUGUAUGUGUUUUAAAAUGUAUUUGUAUAUAUAUAUAUGCAUUUUUUUCUAAA